AUGGCGAUAGAAAUCACAGCAGGUUGCAGUCUAGACAUCCGGACAUCUUGCAAUGUGGAUGAUUCUGACACCGAAAACGAAAAUGCCGAUACUUUAGCGGUGGUCUCCAUUCGCUGCCUACUUAGCAUAAUCCUUCAAGCAUCUUCUUCAAAAAUUCGCGCGUCUGCACUUAAUUUUAAAAUUUAUUCUAAACAUCUGGAAUUGCUUCGCCUACUUUUAUCUGCCACACCUUUUGCUCCGGGUAUCGGACUUUUGGAUCAACCAUAUACGGAGAAUCGAUCCUUAAUCUCUUCAGAGCCAUGCAUCAACGAGCCUCCAGGGAAGUCGAACAUAUUGUCUAUGACACAUGAUAGCAUGCCGACUAGCCUCAGCCUGGAGGCCAUGCAAACUCACUCUCAAUUAGCAACACGAGUGACUUCAAAUACAGAGUCCGCAGAUUCACCCUUACAUAGCCUCGAUGGCAGAAUUCCCAUUUUGGGACUCUAUCAAUUGGCAGAACCUCGUAAGUUGGUAUUUUUGAUGAAUGACUAG